AUGGAAGACUGGGAUAAAGUCGACAGGUUAACCUUUCAGCAAGCAUCAAGGACCAGCAAUAGUAUUACUAACCGCCAGAUGAGAAAGUACGACAAACUACAACAGAAAGCCACGGACGAAACAUUGACGCAGGACAGGCGACGGACAGUGGUCAACUUCUCCAGCCACACCUUGAGCGAAGCAACCACAGCAAUUCUGGCCAAGGGGAUGAAUUUCGCAGUCGCACCUAAGCGAGUUUCAAAAGAAGAUAUCAUAGAAUCCGUAGAGGCUUCGGUACGUCAUCUGUCACAGGCCGAGGCGGAGAAGAUCCGGCAGGAAACGGUCAGAGUUCUGAAUAAAGCAAAGCCACCGAAGCAAAACAUCAACGCUGAGGAAUACCAUGCCAUCAAGGAACUCAGGGACAACCCCCACUUAGUAGUGGUACAGGCAGAUAAGGCAACGCCACUGUAG